UCUUGAGUCAUUGUAGAAAGCACGUCAGUCGGCACUUGUUCUCCGCUCUUAUUCUACUCUUGCAGCAGACUCUGUCGGGUGUGCCUAUUCGUCAUACGAAAGUUGAGCUUGGGUCCCUUUUACAGUAGUUUCUCUUUCAGAGUAGUUAUACUGCUAGAGUACUAAUUUCCACAAAAUCACACAAUGGAUAAAGACGAGCUUGUUCAACGAGCAAAACUUGCCGAACAGGCGGAAAGGUACGAUGAUAUGGCAGCAGCAAUGAAACAGGUUACAGAAACGGGCGUGGAACUAAGCAACGAAGAGAGAAAUUUGCUUUCGGUUGCCUACAAAAAUGUCGUUGGAGCUAGACGGAGUUCUUGGAGAGUAAUUUCAAGCAUAGAACAGAAAACAGAAGGAAGUGAAAGGAAACAACAGAUGGCCAAAGAAUAUCGUGAAAAAGUUGAAAAAGAAUUGAGAGAAAUAUGUUACGAUGUUUUGGGACUGUUAGACAAGUAUUUGAUUCCAAAAGCAAGUAAUGCAGAAAGUAAGGUGUUUUAUUUGAAAAUGAAAGGUGACUACUACAGGUAUCUUGCAGAAGUUGCGACAGGAGAUCAAAAAAACAGUGUUGUAGAUGAGUCACAGAAAGCAUACCAAGAAGCAUUUGACAUCAGUAAAACCAAAAUGCAGCCCACACAUCCAAUACGACUAGGCCUUGCCUUGAAUUUCUCAGUUUUCUAUUAUGAAAUACUGAAUUCACCAGACAAGGCGUGUCAGUUGGCCAAACAGGCAUUUGAUGAUGCCAUUGCAGAAUUAGACACACUGAAUGAAGACUCUUAUAAAGAUAGUACACUCAUAAUGCAGCUUCUUAGAGAUAACCUCACAUUAUGGACAUCUGACACACAAGGGGAUGGAGAGGAGCCAACAGAUACUCAAGAAAACUAAUCUUCUCGUGCGCAUUCCCUCUUUUCUGCUGCAAACUUCAAAAACAAUAAAGCCUUUUUUCAUUAAAUGAAAAUUGUUUCAUAAAACACUAGCAUAGUCAUUAGAAUUGUAAAACACUUACAGCAAGUCUUAAAUUACAAAAAUGGGUAUACUAAACAGACUUACAUGAUUCUCUGAAUUUGUCUGGUCAUGUGAUUUGUUUUAAUAUUUCAGUAUAAGCUGGCAUUUUGUCAGUUUGAAAGUGUGCCAGCCAGUUUGCCCAGCAUCAUCAAGCGGUCUUUCAUGUAUUCUGCUUUGUACAUUGUAUGAUUUUAAUUGUUAAAAUUCUAGCUGGUAUUGAUAAUAUAUGUUGCCUUUUUUGGAGAACAAUAAACUUCCAGGGUAUUAGAAAAUACUUCAAUUGAUAAAAAAAAAAGUUUGAUAAUGGAGAAGUACAAGGUGUAGUGCUGUUAGUGUAAAUCAUUGUGAAGCAAAACAGUAAGCUUGAAUUUGUUUUUUCAGUAUAGUGCUUGUCAGUCAUGAUUAAUAGUCAUCCCAUGUACAAGUGGUGGUAGCUAAGUUAUUACGUGUACAAAUACAUAACCCUCUGUAGACAACUAUAUCUGGUCAGCAGUUUUUAUGGGUGAAAUUCUGCCACUUGAUUGUAUUAAGUUGUUAAAUUAUUUAUGUAGUCACUUGGGCUAACCCGUUAUUAGAAAGUCUCGACUAAAAGUGUUCUGAGGUUAUUUAUACAAAUAAUUGCUUUUAUGUUGUUUUAAGUAGUGUUAUAAAAAUGUUGGUGUAAUCUUGGUUUAAUGUAAAGUCUAAUAACGUGAAACUUCCAAAUUCUAACUAUGUAAGGCUUGUAAUUUUUUUUUGUUCUAGUAAAGUUUGGUUGUGUAGUGAAAAUGUGUUCAAGAUAAAAUAAUAAUUUAAAUAAAAAUAAUUUGUUCUCCUUUA